CCUGUGCAAACUUCUGAGGCAAUUUCAUUCACCUGAAUUAAGACACAAAGGUGCGAAAUUAAUUUGAGUGGAAAAUACAGAUUUCGUGGUAUAAUGGCGUUUAUUGGCAAUAAAUAUUUAACAUUUGCCUUUUGCUUGUUUAUUUGCUUCAUAUUGGUUGGUAAUAUCAAUUCUGGGGUAGAUGCAGCCGAAAAGGAGAUACCCGCAACGAAAUUUGGGCAAAAUGUUGGUGGGCCUACCAUGACAUUUUUAUACUGUUACUCGUGCGGCUACCGUAAGGCUUUCGAGGAUUAUGUGAACAUACUAUCCGAAAGGUAUCCACAGAUUACUGUCAACGGUGCCAACUAUGAUCCACCCGGCUUCAAUAUGUAUCUGUCACGCAUUGUUUUUGCUGCUAAGAUACUGUUCAUUGUAGUUAUUGUCUCGUCGUUUGAUAUAUUUGGAACAAUUGGCCAGCAGACACCUGGUUGGUGGCGACAUUUGUUGGAAAAUAAAUUGUACGCUUGUAUGAUGGUAUUCUUCGUGGGAAACAUGCUUGAAGGACAGCUCGUCGCUUCUGGCGCUUUUGAAAUAACACUUAACGAUGUGCCGGUGUGGUCAAAAUUGCAAACUGGGCGCAUACCAGCGCCUCAGGAACUCUUUCAGAUAAUCGACAACCAACUGCAAUUCACAGAAACUAUUCAAGAGAAUCCAGACUUUGUUAAAUAAUAAUUAAGAUGGACACUUACGCCACAUACAAAAUUAGCCAAACUAUAGGAAUUGCUACGUUGUCCAAGAACAAUUUUGUGUAUGUUUAAUAGUCUUAUAUCUACAUAUGUGUGUUGAGAAGUUCGAUUGAAACAUGGCGCUACUCACAUUGCACAGUCAAUAGAUUUAGGCUGUUGCUGGUGAAAUAUGGGGUGGUGGGGGAUAUUUAAGUACUAUGUAUGAAUAUGUGAAUGUUCUGAAGCAUAAGCGCAACUACUUGAUUUAGUAAUUUAACUUUAUACGUAUGUUUUGUUUUUUCCUUUUCUUGCAGUCUGUUUGUGAUUGUCCUAAGCGAAAUUUUGUU